AUGGAGGUGUACAUUGACCAUAUGGUUGUGAAGUCAAAAAGAGCUGAAGAUCACUUGAUUCAUUUAAAUGAAGCCUUUGCAAUAUUAAGGAAUAUAGAUAAAUCCAGACCAGAUAAAGGCGAUAGAAACAUUCCCGAUGAUCUCAACAGCAAAAAGAAGGUUCAAAACUUUAGUUCAAAAUUAACUUUGGAGGUGGAAAAAGAAACCAUCGCAACUUUAGGGUCAUCCUCUGGGAUAUGGACCCUAUACACGGAUAGGGCAUCUAAUGAAAGUGGGUCGGGAUUAGGCUUAGCGCUUAAAGUACACAACAGAGAAAUUGUCCGCCAAGCCAUUAAAUGCCCAAAAAUUACUAAUAAUGAAGCAGAGUAUGAGGCUGUUCUUGCAGGUUUAAAACUUGCUUUGGAAUAUGGAGUAAAAAGCAUCAAGUUACACUAUGAUUCGCAAUUAGUGGUCAACCAGGUGAAUGGAACUUUCAGUAUAAAAGAACCACGAAUGCAGAAGUAUCAAACGCAGAUAUCAAACCUCUUUGCAAAAUUCAAAGACUAG